AUUAUGGAUAUUUUUUGUUGAUACCGAUUCCAACGUCAUUAAUAAAAUUAACGAAACCUGACAACAAACUAGAUUCGAUCGAUGUUAUUGUACCACGCAUUUGGCAACUUUUGGACCUACGUCCUCUAACAGUGACAGGAGGUUAAUAUGUGAAGUGUUCUACUAUUAUUUCUUCUUUUAGGUGGCAUGCGUAAAAUGCGAUUGAGAUAGUGCGUUUACCAUCCAGUACACCAAAGUUGAAGCCAUGAGUAAUGCAGGAGGCCCCCAGAUAAUGAAUAACUUGCCACCAGGAGUGAAUCCUGAGAACAACUUGUUGCCAGGAGGGCCAAUAUUGAAUGCCACAAUGAAUCGUAAUAGGAAUAAUAAUCAAAAUCCUCUAUUCAAUGUGAGAGAAAGGCUGUUUCACGCUUUGUUUUUUAAGUUUGCUGUGGCCUAUGCAAGGACAUUUCCGAGGCCAGUGAGAAGGUUCUUCGAGUUCCUGGUGCUCUUGAAAGCAAUUGUGGCUUUCUUCGUGCUUGCUUACAUUCAUAUAGCAUUUUCGAGAACACCAACAACCUGUUUGAACCAUGUGAAGGACUCAUGGCCUAGAGAUGGCAUACUGCGGGUGGAAAUAUUAAGGAAUCCAGCUCAUGACUAUAGUAUUGAGCAGAGUUAUGCGAAGGAGAAUAAAUUGAAAAAAGACAAGGAUGAUAUCCCAAUGUUGGGCAUUUUACAUACUGAAGGGUUCAUCAAUAUUGAGGCUUCAACCAACAAUGAAAUCAACCGUGAUGAGUUUCUUGCCGAUGGCACAGACUUUGGCAACCUAACUGCUAUCCGUUAUGAGAGUGAUGAUGGUCUGCGGGAGCGUAUUCUGGAGACUGCCUACAUUAAACCCAAGUCUGAAAAGGCGGAUACCAUUCCAGUCCAAAAGGCAGAUCCAGAUGAUGCUGAUCUCAAUGCUACAAUAGUUUCCGGAGACGAUGUAGAGCCUUCAUCAUCAAUUUGGGAUGGGAUUAUGGGGUUGGUGGAAGAUCUUGACAGAGAGAAAGUUUUAGAGGAAUCUCUGGAUGAAGGAGCCUCAAGUGAUUCAUCAAAAGAUGACGACUACAUAUUGGAGUACUCCCUCGAGUACGGUUUCCUGCGGCUCUCGCCCAACGCGCGCCUGCGUCUCAAGAUCCCAGUGAAGAUCGUCACAUUAGACCCCAGCAAAGACGAGUGCUUCGGCGAUCCCUUCUCGAGAUUCGUCCUUGACGAGUUUCUCGGCUAUGACGAUCUGCUGAUGGCGUCCAUUAAGUCUUUGGCUGAGCAGGAGGACAACAAGGGCUAUUUGAGGAAUGUGAUCACCGGCGAGCAUUACCGCUUCGUUUCGAUGCUGACGGCCCGGAGCUCUUACAUUGCGGCAUUUUUCAUCAUGCUCGUUUUUACGGUGUCCAUAUCUAUGCUGCUCCGCUACGCUCACCACCAGAUCUUCGUUUUUAUAGUGGAUCUCCUACAGAUGCUUGAGUUUAAUGUGACCGUGUCCUUCCCAGCCGCACCUCUGCUAACAGUCAUUUUAGCGCUAGUCGGCAUGGAGGCUAUAAUGUCGGAGUUCUUCAACGACACGACUACGGCUUUCUACAUUAUACUGAUCGUGUGGAUCGCUGACCAGUACGACGCCAUUUGCUGUCACACCGCCAUUGCCAAGAGACACUGGCUGAGAUUCUUCUACCUGUACCACUUCUCGUUCUACGCGUACCACUACCGCUUCAAUGGGCAAUAUAGCAGUCUUGCGCUUGUUACUUCGUGGCUCUUUAUACAGCACUCCAUGUUGUACUUCUUCCAUCACUACGAACUGCCCGUGAUACUACAACAGGCUCAGCUGCAGCAGUUGCUGCUUCGUACUCAUCACGGUAUGGGUGGCAUGGUAGGGUUGGCCGGUAUCGCCGCCCUAGCCAGUGGAGCUGCUUAUCAUGACGCUCCCGGCACCGGCACUCAAGCCACUCCUCCGACGACUCAAUCGACCACGCAAACCGUUCAAGAUACUACUCAAUCCACUACGCAGACAACCCCUGAAGUUUCUACUGCACAAACUAACACUACCCAUACUGGUGACGUCGUCUCCUCAAGAACUGUGGCCGCAGAAACAACCGCUACUGGUACCAAUACUGGCACCGUUAACGAGAAUGUGGAAAGCUCUUUAACAACUUUGAUAGACUCAAUCAGUUCUGAUGGUGAAAAUAAUAUUAAAAUAGAAGAGAUCUCGAGAAAGAACUCUCGGGAUGAAGCUAAAGUUGUAACCAGCAGUAAUGUGACUACUGCCGUCCCCAAUAGUGCGAAUGGUGAGGAGGCUUUCAGCAAUGGUCAAGAUAAAACGUCUAUUUUAGACCGUCGACGAAAGGUCAGCGGUGGCGUGCCCGACACCGAUCCUCCUUUACUGUCGACGACUCCCGACGAUGCGGCUGCCGAAAGAAGGGCCCCCGACCCCUCCUCUGAGGCUGAUGAAUUAGACUAAUGAAUCUUACAUGUAAUUCUUAUACCUGUCAACUUUGCAUCGAGUAUAUUCAGUAUCCAUUGAUCAAUCUGCUUACGUGAUUAGUUUGACAUUAAACAAUAUUUUUAAAUGUAGUAGGAUUUAUACUGCAGUGUUUUAUCUUUUCCCCUAACUUGUCACUACGGAAGACUGGUGAACAACAUCAUAUUUCCUGUAGAACGAAGAGCGUUGUUCUAAGAAACUUGUUAGUGAUUUUGUUGUAGGUUUAUCAUAGUACGUAUGAUUUGAAAGGUGAUUGUAGCUUAUAAGUCUAUGUAUGCCACUAAGGCAAUAUGUAAAUAAUUUGUUGUCGAUACAUAUUUAUUAGGAUCUUAUUUUUAUUAAUUCCGUUUGUUAAUUUGAAUAUGCUUAGUGGAUGGCGCUAGAAGUUGGCAUAUUCUAUUCACAGUGAUUUAGUUACUGCAAUAAAAUAAUUUGAGUCA